AUGGCGAAAUCGAGCGUCGAUGACGACGAUGAGCUCCGGAGAGCUUGCGAGGCAGAAAUUGAACGAACGAAGGAUAAGAUCUUAAUGUCGUUUAGAGUGGCCAAGAGCAGCGGGAUCUAUGGUAAAAACUGGCAAAUUGGGUCGCAGUCACAUGGCCAAGCCUCAGACUGGGUAAACAGGUUAGCCCAUGCUGGUGAUACUGCUGCUGAAAUAGCAGGAAACACAGCUUAUCGAUUGAGACAAGCCAGAACCGAAAUAAUAGCGGCUAGCAAAGUUGCAUACCGAUUUCUUGCUGGAGUUGCUUCCAACAACUCAAUUGCAACUCCGGGGUCACCAGUUAACUCCCCUAGAGGAAGUCUCAGAUUCCAAGCUACUUGGUUCAAGAACCUUACUUCGUCUGGUUCUAAACCAUCUACUACUUCGGAACUGGAAAGUUGGGAUGAAGAGGUGAUGACUGAUGAGGGAGCGUAA